AUGACUCUCAACUGCUGCGUUUACUCAUGCGCAAACAUAAUCUAUGGAAGGCCGUUAAUAUCAAAACUGGACAUCCAAUUACUGUCACUUCCUGCUGCUAAUGUGAAGGUCUUUUCAUAUCUAUCUAUCUAUCUAAUUUACCAGUUCUUGCGUUCUAUAAUCUGCUUUUUUGCUCUAUCUAUCUAUCUAUCUAUCAGUAGGUUUCUAUCUAUCUAUCUAUCUAUCUAUCUAUCUACCAAUAGAGUAAAGUCGGUGAAUUUGUGUCUCUCGGAAUAUAAAUCUAAAACCUGUGAAUUUAAUAGCACACUCAUUCGUAUUUUUUGUGCUUCAUUUAAUCUGGCUAUUUUUCCCUUUCACUGCAAAAAACAUGGAAACUGGCGGCUUCUUCUUCUUCUUCUUCUUCUUUCACUCUCUUCUUUUUCUCUCUUCUUCUUUUCUUCUUCUCCUCCGUUUCUUCUUCUCCUUUUCUUCUUCUCCUCCUUUUCUUUUUCUCCUUUUCUUCUUCUCCUUCUUCUUUUCUUCUUCUUCUUUUUUCUUUUUCUUCUUUUUCCUUCUUCUUCUCCUGCUUUUCUUCUUCUCCUUCUUCUUUUCUUCUCCUCCUUUUCUUCUUCUUCUUCUUCUUUUGUUCUUGUUCCUGUUAUUCUUUUCUUCCUCUUGUUCUUCUUUUCUUCUUGUUCUUUUCUUGUUGUUGUUGCUGUUGUUGUUGUUGUUGUUCUUCUUCUUCUUCUUCUUCUUCUUCUUCUUCAUCAUUAUGCAUACUUGUCAGUUAGAUCUAUCUAUCUAUCUAUCUAUCUAUCUGUCUAUCUAUCUAUCUAUCUGUCUGUUCGUUUUCUAAGUCUAUAUGGCUGUAUAUCAUUUUAUAUCUAUCUAUCUAUCUAUCUAUCUAUCUAUCUAUCUAAGUCUGUUCCUUAUCUAAGUUUAUAUGGCUGUAUAUCAUUUUAUAUCUAUCUAUCUAUCUAUCUAUCUAUCUAUCUAUCUAUCUAUCUAUCUAUCUGUCUUUUAUAUGGCUGUAUAUCAUUUUAUAUCUAUCUAUCUAUCUAUCUAUCUAUCUAUCUAUCUAUCUAA